CUGAGACUGCAAUGGCAUGGUGGAAAGCCUGGAGCGAAGCAGAGGGCAAGGCUGUGACUGGUGCUUUAAACUUUGAUGCCUCACCUGAUGCCCAGAUUCUCUACAAGGCCAUGAAAGGGCUUGGGACUGAUGAACAAGCUAUAAUUGAUGUCCUAACCAAGAGGAACAAUAUGCAGCGUCAAGAGAUUGCCAAAUCCUUCAAAGCACAGUUUGGAAAGGAUCUGAUUGAAAGCCUGAAGUCUGAACUGAGUGGCAACUUUGAGAGGCUCAUUGUAGCUCUCAUGUACUCCCCAUACAAGUAUGAUGCCAAGGAGCUGUAUGAUGCCAUGAAGGGUUUGGGAACCAGUGAAGGUGUUAUCAUAGAGAUUCUGGCUUCUCGGACAAAAGCGCAGAUCAAAGAGAUAAUCAAGGCAUACAAAGAACAAUACAGUUCUGAUCUGGAAGAAGACAUAAAAUCGGAAACACGUGGCUACUUGGAACAGGUUCUGGUUUGCCUUCUUCAGGGUGAGAGGGAUAAUGCCACUCUCUAUGUCGACACAGCCUUGGCUCGCCAGGAUGCUGAGACUCUCUAUGCUGCUGGAGAGAAGAUACGUGGCACUGAUGAGAUACAGUUUAUCACCAUCUUGUGCAAAAGAAGUGCCACACACUUGAUGAAAGUGUUUGAAGAAUACCAGAAACUGGCUGGUAAGAGCAUAGAAGACUCUAUCAAGAGUGAAACCAAUGGGUCACUUGAGGAGGCCAUGCUGACUAUUGUGAAAUGUACCAGGAACGUCCAUUGCUACUUUGCAGAGAGGCUGUACAAUGCUUUAAAGGGAGCUGGCACAGAUAAUGGGACUCUUAUAAGGGUGCUUGUUUCUCGAAGUGAAGUUGACUUAAAUCUUAUAAAGCCUGAAUUCAAGCGUAUUGCAGGACAACCUCUCUCUGCUAUGAUUUCGGAUGACACCAGUGGCGAUUACAAGACAGCCUUGAUGAAUCUCUGUGGCAGUGACUGA